AUGGUAUUUGUCCCUUUCACCGGCAUACAUAAUCAUCACAAGAACGUUACCUUUGGUGCUGCUCUGUUAGCAUCGGGGACUGCUGAGUCAUGUAAUUGGUUAUUAUCUGCUUUUAAAAAAUGUUAUGGACGGGAACCACGUGUAGUUGUUACUGAUCAAGACCCCGCGAUGAAAAAGGCGAUACGGGAGGUGUUUACUACGAGUCGACACCGGCUGUGCAUGUGGCACAUCAUGAAAAAGGUUGCCGAAAAGGUUGGGCCGACGUUGAAGAAAGAUAAGUCUUUUAGACAACGCAUUUGUGACAUUGUUUGGACUGAUGCAAGUCAGUCGGAGGACUUUGAGGAAAAAUUGAAAGAAAUCAUAAGUGAUUUUCAUUUGACUAGAAACAAAUGGUUGUCCAAUAUGUAUGCAAUUAGGAAUGAUUGGAUCCCUGCUUAUUAUCGUCACGAGAACAUGUCAGAAUCACACUCUAUGAACGUUGAACAAGUCGGUGUUAUUAAGUUUUCAAUUAAGGAUUUAGAUGUUGAAGGUUCAGUCUUGCGUGAGGUGCUUUUUCGAGAAGAUGAUAUGGAAAUAAAAUGUAGCUGUGGUAGGUAUGAACAAUAUGGUGUGCUAUGUAGGCAUAUAUUUUUGGUGCUAAAGAUGCCUAAGGUUGAAACUUUUCCUAAAAAAUAUGUUAUGAGAAGAUGGACAAGAGAUGUUGUCCCAAGGAAGACUGUUACGUCAGUUAAGGAGAACGCCGAAGCUAAUCAGACAGUGGACGGUGUUAAUAAAGUUGUACGUGAAAUUAUGAUUGGGACCGAGUAUAUUGUUGAUAAAUUGUCAAAGGACAUGGAGAAGCUGGCGUUGUAUAGAGAUAAAGUUAAAGGAGAUAUAGCUCAACUAGAUGAGAUUUGCGGGUCUUCUCAACCUAUACAGAAGAAGGACAGAAUUGCUACUUUGCUUGGGUUUAAGCAACCUGAUAAAGAUACUGUUCGAGCUCCGGUUGGUAUUAGAACUAAGGGGUGUGGUUUCAAAAAACGGAUUAAGUCUACUUUUGAGCAAGUUUCUACUAAACAGCCAAGGAAGCAAAGGACAUGUGGUAUAUGUGGUUCUCACGAGCACGACAAGCGUAAAUGUGAUAAACAACCAGAAGCAAGUUAA